AGAUAUUCCGACAGUCCAGGAAUGCAGCCUUGGGUUUGGUUUACACCUCAAACGCUUGAAAAAAUGCUAAAGGAAAAGAGGUUAUUUUGGCAUCUAUGUGAAGAACAACACGUCCUUAAAAUCUCUGUAUAAGAUAGUAGGCUCACAAUGAAUGAAGAAGCAAAGAUGCGAACCAGAUGUCAUCUUUUGGACUUGCCCUGGGAGGAUGUACUUGUUCCACAUAUUUUGUGCUAUUUGCCGCUGCAACACCUUGUCAGCCUGCAGAGGGUGAGCAAGCAGUUCCACAGCCUCAUCCAGAUGUAUUUGGCCAACUGCAGGACUUUUGAUCUGUCCUCGAUUGGACCAUCCAUUCCCAAGGAAGCGUUUUGCUCCAUCUUAAAGGACAACAAACUUCUCCACAGCCUGUCACUCCAGAACUGUUCAGCCUGGGUGACAGACAAGGAGCUGCUGCCAGUAAUCGGCCAGAACCAACACCUGCAGAAAGUGGACAUGAGCGGAUGUGUUUGUCUCACCCGUCACUCCCUGGUGGCCGUGUCCUUGAGCUGCAUGCACCUCCAACACCUCGGCCUGGCGCACUGCGAGUGGGUGGACAGCCUGUCCCUGCGCAGCCUGGCUGACCACUGCAGGGGGCUGCAGUCCAUUGACCUCACCGCCUGCCGCCAGCUCAAAGACGACGCCAUCUGCUACCUGGCCAAGAAGUGUUUGAAGUUGAGGUCUCUAUCUUGUGCAGUCAACGCCAACGUCACUGACGAGUCGGUGGAGGAGGUGGCCAAAAACUGCAGGGGCCUGGAGCAGCUGGACCUGACAGGCUGCCUGCGGGUCAGGAACCAGUCCAUCAGGACUCUUGCAGAGUACUGCCCGAAGCUGCAGUCCUUGAAGGUGAAUCACUGUCACAAUGUGACAGAGUCAAGCCUGGAUCCUCUACGGAAGCGCAAUGUAGUGAUAGAUGUUGAGCCGCCUUUACAGAGGGCUCUGGUGCUUCUUCAAGAUGUGCUGGGGUUUGCUCCCUUUAUCAAUCUCCAGAUAUAGCCAAAGAGCUGUUUGUCCAACCAGUGCACACAGGUUUCCUCGUCAAAGCAGUCACUCUCAGCUACAUCACAUGUACGUGAGUUGCUCUCACAUCAAGACAAUUCAAGUUUACCUGGAUGUUUUUACACUCAAGUUUAAAAAUUAUGUUGACAAAAACACUCACUGGAGUGUGAUCAAAAAUGCAUAUUUAAGAUGAAACUGAAAACAAGUUUGCAUUUGCAAAUGAAAGAAAGCCAUGUACUUUUAAGAAUUGCUGCCUCAUGUCCAAAAGAUGUCAAUGCACUAUUUGGUAAUCAUUCAGUGUUAUAAUAAUGUGGCUAUUUAAGUACAGACAAUUAAGUAAA